UGACACGUCAAAAUUGCGGCAAGUGUUCUGAAAAUCGCAAAAGCCCAUUCCUAACAAUCCUCCGGUAGUCGCCAGUGGAAGAGUUCAGGGGACGAUGUGGUCUUCCCCGAAGGCAAUGACCGCCAAAAUUUCCGAAAUUAUCUCUCAACGAUAGCCCCUUAACCUCACCCCAAGAGGUUAGAGCGUAAAAGUUCUUCCAGUCAUUGAGUAACUCCACAAUGUGUUACCAAAAAACUGAUUAAAGUGUAUUUGAGAGAUAGCGAAUCAUCAGAAUCAUCAACAAUGCCAAGACUUUCGAUGCUUCCACGCACCUCGAGGAUCGUGGCACUUUGUUCGGCUGCUAAUUUCAUAAAUGCAGCCGACAGAGUCAUCAUGCCUAUUGCUAUUGUUCCUAUGACUGAUGAAUUCAAAUGGAAUCUCCAUUGGCAGGGCUGGAUACUCUCUGCUUUUGCUUUUGGUUAUUUUACGAGUCAGAUUGUUGGAGCAUGCACAGUAAAUAAAUUUGGUUGUAAAACAGUACUGAUGUCAGCUGUCCUGCUCUGGUCAGUCAGUACAGUUGUAACUCCACUCCUAGCCCACUCUGUACCUCUGCUGGUCACGUGUAGAGUCAUCCUGGGGCUUGGGGAGGGAAUAGGUUUACCUGUUAUAUUUCACUUAUUUGCGCACAGUGUGCCUGUUGAGGAGAGAUCAAGAGCGUUUGGGUACCUCGUAGCAGCUGGAUCUGUUGGACAAGUUGUUGCCUCUAUAUUAUGUCCUAGGGUGCAUUGGCAGACUGGUUUUUAUUUAUUCGGUACAAUAGGAAUAUUUUGGACGUUAUUGUGGAUGAUUUUGUAUCAAGAGUCUAAUACACAAGAUGAAAUACCUCUGUUUGUCCCAAAGGUAACUCAGAAUAGAGUAGUCAGAUGGACGGAACUGAUUGCCCACUGGCCCCUGUGGUCCCUGUACAUAGCCCAUUUCGCCAUGAACUGGAGUAAUUACAUUAUAAUGCAGUGGUUGCCGACGUAUUUAUCCAGAAAUCUCUCGGCUAAUAAAGAGAGCAUCAGUCUCACAGCUCUUCCAUACGUAGUUAAUUCUCUCGUGGGCAUAGUUGCUGGACACAGUGCUGACAAUUUAAUCCAAAAAAGAUGGCCAAUCCUGUUUGUUCGCAGAUUAAUGACGAAUAUCGGUCUAAUCGGGCCGGGUGCUUUUUUAUUAGCAUUCUACGCUGUUGAUAAUUUAUUAGCAGCUGUUAUUUUUGUAUCGAUAUCCAUGGGCCUGUGUGCCUGUAACUCAGCUGGACACCUGAGUAAUCACGCCGAUGUGGCUCCAAAUCACGCUGGCAUAACAUUCGCAAUAUCUAAUACAAUAGCAACAAUACCAGGUAUUUUAUGUGGACCACUGACUGCUGAAUUAGUAACUGCCUCGAGUGGAAGAUGGAUGCCAGUGUUUGUUCUCGCUGCUGCUAUAAAUUUCACUGGAGCUAUUAUUUACCAGAGCCACAGUGCAGCCCUCCCAGUUGUGUGAGUGUCGUCGAAAGAACUUGUUAUCUUUCAAUCGAAUUGAAAUUCUCCCAGAGUGAGAACUACCUUCACCUGAGAAUUUCCCCAAAAGAUUGAUUAAUUCAUUAAUUAAUUAAUUGGUUGUAAUUUAGGAUUCAAUUUUUCUAUGGGUCAUGCGUGGCCUCUAUGACAUAUCACGUUACAACGAAACGUAAUAUUCCAAUUUUUCAAUCCGAUAUAUUUUUCUAAAGAACAAUAACGAAUUAAUUUUUUUGAAUUGUCGAUUUAUUUACACGAUCUAAUGACAGUUAGUCGUUUGAUUAUUGUAUUUUAAUGACACUUGUAAAUGAUGUAUAAACCUUGAAUAAUGUACAUAUGAGAGAGUUAUUUUUAGGAAUAAAAGAACGUGCGUUGUGAGUAAAAUCGA